AUGUAGAAUGUGAAAUACAGCACACACAAAAUAAGAUUUCGAAGAGUAAUAAUCAUAAAACGUUCAUCUUUCUUCACAAGCGUGUUGGCUUGCCUCAUUGGAAGUGUAAAACCCUAACUCCAUUUCCUCGGCCAAUCUGAUGCUAAAACCCUACGAAACAUUUUCCCUCGCAACCUAAGAGGAGCGCUCAAAACUGCAUAUUCAAGAUUCAAAAUUCACUCUCUUUCGAGGCUUCAACUAUUCUCCGCCCAAUUUGAUUGAUUUGUCAUGGAAAAGGACACCUCUUUUCUGUUCUCCGGUAUCACUUUCAAUCGCAAAAAGUUCGCUCGUGAUUUUGCCAGAUUUCAGGAACAGAAGGGGGUUGAUUGCGCCACAGAUGAACCAGCUUUGCUCGAAAAUGCGGAUCCUGUAAGCGAGGAAGUGGUGACGGUGCGUGCUGAUAAGAAGAGGAAGAGAAAAGCAGCUUCGGAUCCAGUUGAAGGGUUUAGUGUGUUCAAAAGUUCAAAAUCAAAAAAAGCAGUGGAUCAAGUGGAUGAAAACAACGAAGACAAACUUCUGCUUGGGAAGAAGGAAUAUCAUCGGCAAUUGGAGAGGGAUGCUCUUUUCCGAAAGAAACAUAACAUUCAUGUUUCUGGGAGUAAUAUCCCAUCACCCCUUCAGAGCUUCACAGAGUUGAAAUUGAGGCAUAGCUGCAAAUCAUACUUAUUACGCAAUCUGGCAGAACUGGGUUUUAAAGAGCCAACACCAAUCCAAAGGCAGGCUAUUCCAGUCUUGUUAUCUGGAAGGGAGUGCUUUGCUUGUGCACCUACUGGUUCUGGGAAAACUUUUGCAUUUGUCUGCCCAAUUCUUAUGAAACUUGAGCGUGCUUCAAAGGAUGGCAUUCGGGCAGUGAUCCUUUGCCCAACACGCGAAUUAGCAGCUCAGACAACUCGAGAAUGCAAGAAGUUGGUUAAAGGAAAGAAGUUUUACAUCAAGCUUAUGACCAAGCAGCUCGCUAAAAGUGCUGAUUUUUCAAAGCAGCCUUGUGACAUUCUCAUAUCCACGCCUUUCAGGGUGCAGUUUGCAGUUCGCAAAAGAAAGCUUGAUUUGAGCAAGGUCGAAUUUCUUGUCCUGGAUGAAGCUGACAAGCUUUUUGAAUUAGGUUUGGUGAAGCAGGUUGAUGCAGUGGUCAAAGCAUGCUCAAAUCCUUCAAUCGUGCGCUCUCUAUUCAGUGCUACUUUGCCUGAUACUGUUGAAGAGCUUGCCCGCACAAUUAUGCAUGAUGCAGUCCGAAUAAUUAUUGGCCGAAAAAAUUCUGCUUCUGAAACAAUUAAGCAAAAGCUCGUGUUUGUAGGAAGUGAGGAAGGCAAGCUUCUUGCUCUUCGUCAAAGCUUUGCAGAGAGUUUGAAUCCCCCGGUGCUAAUUUUUGUACAAAACAAGGAGCGAGCUAAAGAACUCUAUAAUGAACUGAGAUAUGAUGAUAUUAGAGCUGAUGUCAUACAUGCUGAUCUUUCAGAAGUACAGAGAGAAAAUGCUGUUAAUAAUUUUCGAUCGGGGAAAACAUGGGUAUUGGUUGCCACUGAUGUUAUUGCUCGCGGCAUGGACUUUAAAGGCGUCAAUUGUGUAAUCAACUAUGAUUUUCCAGAUUCUAUGGCUGCAUAUGUUCAUAGGAUUGGCCGUUCUGGCAGGGCUGGGAGGAGCGGAGAGGCAAUAACGUUGUAUACUGAAGCCGACGUGCCUUAUCUACGGAACAUAGCGAAUGUAAUGGCAUCUUCGGGUUGCGAGGUGCCUGCUUGGAUCAUGUCCUUAGCCAAGAAAAAAUGGAGGAAGUACAGGCCUCAAAGGGAAGCCAUUUCUACCAAACAUCAAGAUUAAUACCAAUAGAUACUAAGAUACGGCCUCCUUGUUUUGUUUGUAAUUUUCAUGCGAAUCGCAUAACAUACUUUUCUUUGUGUGCCUAAUUUGAGAUACCUUCCUAACUUUCUUUGAUUUCUUCUCCCCUCUGCGUUUUCAGUUAUCUGUAAUAUUGGAUUGAAAAUGGAAACAGAUGAUUUUUACCUAAUUUCCAUUAUUUAUACUACUAUUGUUUACAAUUAUAAAA